AUGUGUAAGUCUUGUGUUUCCCAAUAUUGAUGUGUAAGUCUUGUGUUUUUGCUAUUUAGUCAGCUCUGAAAUGUGCUUUGGUGUACAUUGGAGCGCUUCUUCAGGUUAGUGCAGGUUAGUGGUAGCUGUUAGUGAUCCUUUUAUUUCGGUCAGGUUUCAGUCAGUGUUGCCGAGCGUGGAGAUGGUGGAUUGAUCACGAUUUCCCACUCACGUUUCUUGCCUUAGAUGUAGGAGUAUAUUGUUGUGUCGAUUCUCAAUAAAUACCAACAGAAAACCACAAAACCCUGCGCUUUCGCAGCACAAAACAUCCAGUCUCUGAAUACUGAAGUUCCUCAGUUACUGUUUCUUCACAUGUGAAUUCUGAACUGUGACCAUGGUGAACAGGGACAAACGCUAGCCACAAGGUCUCAGCUAUCUUUCACACAUCUUGUUUCGUCCUCGCCUGCAGGGAGUGAAGCUACCCUACACGUUCAACUCGUCGCUGGACACGAGCAUCACGCUGGAUGAGUGCAGGGCGAGGUGCCUCGCCAACUGCUCCUGCGUGGCUUAUGCCGCCGCAGAUAUUCGAGGCGGCGGCGCUGGCAGCGGAUGCAUCAUGUGGGCAGAAAACCUCGUCGAUCUGCGGUACGUAGAUGGAGGGCAAACCCUGUACCUACGGCUGGCAAAGUCUGAGUUAGGGAAAGGGAAGGAAAAGAAACGCGUUGUUCUCAUCUUGGCCUUCUUACUUGUGCGGGUGGCCUGGAUAAGACGUCGUAACUCGUCAGUUCAAAUUAUUGAGGCAGCACAACCACCAAAAAUCCCUCUGUUGUUUCCAUUGCUCUGCCCACGGUUAAGAGUGCAACCAGGAAUUUCUCUAGAAGGAAUGUGAUUGGUGAAGGUACUUUCGGCAUUGUAUACGAGGUCCGCUGUAUCUCCAAUUAGCUUAAAUCCUCUUGUUACUACCACAAGAUUAUUAAGUCAAACAUAGCUCCUCGCCACCCUAUGACUGCAACAGAGAGAGGUACACAGACCAAGCUUGACUCCAAUGUCCUCGGCAAGUUACCCAGAGGACAUCCCCUCCUACAAGGACUUCCCGGGAGAACUAUUGCCGUGAAGAGGCUUAAACCGAUCACUGAUCUUCCGGAGACAAUCGUCAACUAUUUCACCAGAUAAAUGCAAGUGAUGUCUGGACUCAGGCAGCAUCAAAACGUCCUCCGGCUUCUUGCCUAUUGCGUCGAAGGCAACGAACGAAUUCUGGUGUACGAAUACAUGCAUAGGAGGAGUUUGGAUGCCUAUAUAUUUGGGAAACCCAAAGAACGUGCGUUGCUGAAUUGGCAGAUGAGGCUGCAAAUAAUUAAGGGGAUUGCCGAGGGCGUCAAGCACCUGUAUGAGGGAGAGGGGUCAUCCGGCAGCGUGAUCCACAGGGAUUUGAAGCCGGCCAAUGUGCUGCUGGAUGGUGGAUGGAAGGCCAAGGUGGCGGACUUCGGGACUGCAAAACUGCUCCUUGCCGGAGCGACAGGAACUCGGACAAGAAUAGGCACACCUGGGUACAUGGCCCCGGAGUACGUUCAAAGUGAAGGCGGUGAGACAACGCUGAAAUGCGAUGUUUACAGCUUUGGGGUCACAUUGUUGGAGACACUGAGUGGGCGAAGGAACUGUGAGAGGCCAAGCCUCACUUCAGAAUUGAGCGAGCAAAGUUGUUGCAGGCCUGGCGAUUGUGGGUCGAACGCAUCAUUACGGCCCUCCUUGAUUCUGCGGUUGCACCGGCACCUGCCGGGUCCGAGCCUCCUCAGCUACGCAGGUGCAUACAGAUUGGACUUCUUUGCGUCCAGGAAAAGCCGGACGACAGGCCAUCCAUGCCUGCAGUCGUCGAGAUGUUGAGCAAUAACAGCUCAAAGAUUGCUGAGCCCACGGUGCCCAUGGUCGACAGUAGGAUUUUGGCUACGUUUUUAGAGGCAGAUCUCUCGAGGCCAACAAUAUAUGAGACAAUUGAUUUGAGAUAACGGACAUAUGCUAGUAAACUAUGAUUGUUGCUAAUGUAUAAACAUCAUCAAGUAGCUCAGUACAUCAAAGAAGUGAAGGAA